GGUCAGCUCAGUUUGUUUCAUUAUCUCGGUGCGGAGGGAGGGCAGAGCGGAGCGGAACGAAGUGAGACGCUGCUGCGCGGUCUGACGGACAGAAACAAACAUGUUCCUCCAUGAAUGUCAUUUAUUUUAGGCUGAUGAUUCCCGUCUGAAGCGGUGAUUGCAGCUGGCGACCUGCGGAGACAGAUGAGUCUGCGGUGUCUCUGGUGGUUGUAACGAGUCUUUGUUCGGCUGUGGCAUCUCUCCUUCACCUCCAACAUGGACCGUUCAGAGAAGGAGCACAGGUCAGACGACGAGGCUGACUAUGAGGACGAGGAGGUGGACCCCAGAAUACAGGGGGAGCUGGAGAAACUAAAUCAAUCCACCGACGACAUCAACAGAUGUGAGACUGAGCUUGAGGAUGCGAGGCAGAAGUUCCGUUCAGUGCUGGUGGAGGCCACGGUGAAGCUGGAUGAACUGGUGAAGAAGAUCGGGAAACCAGUGGAGGAAUCGAAGCCUUACUGGGAGGCCCGCAGAUUGGCCAGACAGGCCCAGCUGGAGGCCCAGAAAGCCACCCAGGACUUCCACCGAGCCACCGAGGUUCUGCGAGCAGCGAAGGAAACCAUCUCCCUGGCUGAGCAGAGGCUCCUGGAGGAAGACAACCGGCAGUUCGACUCCGCUUGGCAGGAGAUGUUGAACCACGCCACACAGCGGGUGAUGGAGGCGGAGCACACCAAGACGAGAAGUGAGCUUUUGCACAAGGAGACGGCGGCGAAAUACACGGCAGCCAUCGGCCGCAUGAAGCAACUGGAGAAGAAACUGAAACGAACCAUCAGCAAGUCCAAGCCUUACUUUGAGAUGAAGGCGAAGUACUACCUGCAACUGGAGAACCUGAAGAAAAACGUGGAUGAGCGACAAGCCAAACUAUCUCAGGCCAAAGGAGAGUACAGGACAGCUCUGAAGAACUUGGAGAUGAUCUCUGAUGAAAUCCACGAGCGCCGCCGGAGCUCUACCAUUGGGCCGCGCAGACCGGGAGUCGGUGCCGAGGGGGACAGCAGUUCUGGGGACGACGUCUCCAGCUUCAAGAUGGAGUCGGAUGGAAUUUCCAUGGCCUCCGAGUGCUUCGAUGACGAGCCGUGCGGCGGGAGCAGCUUCAUGUCUGAGGAGGACUCGGAGACCCGCUCCACCAGCAGCCUCGGGUCGACCCCCAGCAGCCCCCAGGAGCUCCUGUCCCCCUGCCCCUUCGCCGGCUCCUCCUCCUCUGGAACGUCUUCAUCCGACUGUCCGUCUCCCACUCCCUCCUCGUCUUCCUCCACGUCGUCUCCAGCUCUUGUUUCCCGGCCCUGCAGCCUCGACCUCCCCAGCACCGUCUCGCUGUCGGACUUCGGCCUCAUCUCGCCUGUGCUGGGACCUCGCAGCGAGUGCAGCGGCGCUUCGUCACCUGAAUGUGACCUGGAAAGAGGUGACCGAGCUGAAGGUGCAGAGGGAGAUCUGGACAACACUCCGACUGGAAACGUCAUUUCGACUUCCAACACCAAGAGGAGCUUCAGCCUCGAGGCUCGCUUCAGUUUCCUCAACCUGCGACGGCCGCGAGUCGGCAACACCAAAAACAAGGAGAGCUGUCCCCAGAAGACUGAACCGGGACAAACUGUUGUUCUCGUCAAAGGAGUCUGAGGAGCAAACGGGAAAUAUUUCAGAGGGACUGCGGUUCUGCAGAGACUUGAAUUCUGAACCAAAAACUCCUGGAACUCUUAUGGGUUGUUAAUAAGCUACUUUCCACUUCUGUAGUCCAACUCCACUCUCCAUGGUUAAACAGAAAACUUUGAAUGUUAUAUUUGGUGUAAUUUAAGCUUCUUUACAACCUUCACACACCCAUGAACUCUCCCACCAGACGUAACAAGCUCUGGUAAAUGAUAAAAAGAAUUAAAGUUACAUUUUUCUCCAUUAAAAGGAUUACUAUAUGGCAAAGCAACAAACCAGCUGCCUGCAAAUAACCUUUGACCUGGGUUUGAAUUAUAUAUAACUGUUAAAUGGCUCAUAGAAUGCUGUAAGGGAUUGUUCUCAGCUUAGUUCAACAUUUAAAGGAAGCUGAAACACAGUGGAGGACAACUAACUAGCCUUUAGCCUUAUACUCUAUAAUACUGAUAAGACAAUGUUGUGUUGUAUGAAAUGUGUUUAAUAUUUAGGACUUAAGUGUUAAAAAUUGUUUAUGGGACACAAACUGCAGUUCAGGAAAAUUACCAGCUCCAGCUUCUUAUUUCUAUUUUACCCCAUCGCGUGUUUUAGAUUCCUCAGUGCAAAACAAGAAACUGUUAAACAUGUCUGCUUUCAUCACAAGUGGUGCAAUUUAGCUUGAAUAAAGAGAGAAGUUGACAAAAUUGCAAA